GUGCUUGAUGAUGUCAUUAACAAAGGUAAGAUCAAAGUCGAGGGCAACGGUGCGCUUUUCACCGACGCGCGAACUUUAGCAUCGCCUUCAGCUAAGCAGAUGAGCUGGUCGACGGUCGCCUACGUGGCGUACUGUCAGAUUCGCAGCGCCAUUUCGGAGGGCUUCGAUGCAUUUAGGUCGGGCUCACUUGGUUGCGUAGAAUCUUCGGUGGUUUUGCUUUCGGUCGACCGCUGCGAUGCUGGGAACGUCGUUGUGACGCUAGAGAUUUCGGUUUCAGCUCCUGAAGCUGCCAUACAGUCAAUUGGACGUGGAUAUGAUGUUUCGGUAGAUCUGAGGCUCAAAUACUGUAAAGGGGAUUUGGAUAAUCCCCGCUUGAUUGAAAUCGACGAAGAUCAGGGCAGGGAAAUUGUUCUUCCGGGUGGAAUUUCGAUCGCUAAUGUUCCGAAAUCGAUUAAAUGUGAUAAAGGAGAAAGGACCAGGUUUCGGUCUGAUGUUCUUUCUUUUCAGCAGAUGUCAGAGCAAUUCAACCAGGAGUUAUCUUUGACGGGAAAAAAUUCCUUCAGGCCUUUUCAAUACUAUAAAGAUGCAUCCAACACCAAAACUCUUGCUUUUGAUGGGGUGUUUAUCACUCUCUAUACAGUUGCAUUAGAAAAAUCUCAGAUGGUACUUUGUGAUCAUGUCAAAAAAUCUGUACCAUCAUCUUGGGAACCUGCUGCAUUGGCAAGGUUUAUUGAAAAAUUUGGCACGCAUAUUGUUGUUGGUGUGAAGAUGGGAGGAAAAGAUGUAAUAUAUGUGAAACAACAACAUUCAUCAGCUCUUCAACCUGCUGAUGUACAGAAAAGAUUAAAGGCAAUGGCAGAUAAGAGAUUUUUAGAUGCAAAUGGACAGUAUGGCAUGGAUUCGGAGCAUGUUUACCGAACUGACAAGUAUGAUAUCAGGGAGCAUCGACUGAGGUUUGCAGAGACUAGCCCAGGAAGUUCUUACUCACACAAGGAGGAUAUUGUAAGCAUUUGCAAGAGGAGAGGAGGAAGUGAUAAUAGAAGUCUGUCACAUAAUGAAUGGCUACACACGGUGCAAUUAGAGCCUGACGUGAUCUCGAUGUCCUUUAUCCCAAUUACCUCUUUGUUGAAUGGUGUCUCUGGGAGUGGGUUUUUGAGCCAUGCCAUAAACCUUUAUUUACGCUAUAAACCACCAAUAGAAGAACUCCACCAAUUUUUAGAGUUUCAGUUGCCGAGACAAUGGGCACCCGUUUUCAGUGAACUUCCACUUGGUCCACAGCGGAGGUUACAAAGCACAGCUUCCCUACAGUUCAGCUUCAUGGGUCCCAAGCUUCAUGUCAACACCACUCCGGUUGAUGUAGGCAAGAGGCCUGUGACUGGCCUCCGACUAUAUCUAGAAGGCAAAAGAAGCAACCGCUUAGCUAUUCACUUGCAGCACCUUUCCUCCCUACCAAAAAUACUCAAACUUGAAGAUGAUCCAAAUGGCAACGUCGGCCCAGAGUCUUAUGAUCGGAGAUACUGCGAAAAAGUUCAAUGGAAGAAUUUUUCCCACGUAUGCACUGCACCAGUUGAAUCUGAUGAGGAUCUUUCCAUAGUAACAGGAGCUCAGUUACAGGUUGGGGAUUAUGGCUUCAAGAAAGUUCUAUUCUUGCGACUAAAGUUCUCGACUGUUUCAGGAGCCACGAUGGUAAAACACCCAGAAUGGGAUGGCUCACCUGGUCUGGCCCGUAAAUCUGGACUCAUAUCAACUCUAAUUAGCCAUCCUUUCACGACGACAUUUACCAAGCCACCGCCUCAGCCUGCUGAUGUGAAUAUAAACUCAGCUGUUUACCCGGGGGGGCCUCCAGUCCCUGUCCAAGCUCCAAAACACUUGAAAUUUGUUGACACAACAGAAAUGACAAGGGGCCCACAAGAGCCUCCAGGCUAUUGGGUUGUUUCUGGUGCGAGACUUGUGGUUGAGAAAGGAAGGAUUUCGCUACGAGUCAAGUACUCUUUGUUGACCGUGAUAUUAUCUGAUGAUGAAGUUGUAGAUGAGCGC